GAAAUACAAAGAGGAGAAAAAAAGAAAGAAAUUCUAAAUACACAACGGUGGACCGCGUGCGGGCGAUAAACAGUGCAAAUGGCGCUCUCAGCACAGAACCAGUCGACGUCGUACGUGAACUUGUAUUACUCGAUCGUCCAGCGUGCGGCGACACGCUACUUUAAGGAAUAUUACAACUCCGAUACUGGCGCGCCGUACGUAUUAUACAAGGACAACAUGGAGAGACCCCAGGGGCAAUGGGGCCCGGGGCCGGGAUCUCUCCAGGACGGCGGACUGUAUCCGCAACAACAACAACAACAGCAACAGCAGGGCUCCUCCUCGUCCGGCAGUCCACAGCAGGCCUGUGGUCCCCCUGUCGAGGGAGAAAGUGGCGGUCCCCCGCCUUCGUUGGCCUCACCAGUGCCCUCGCCAUACCCCUCGGCACCCCCUGAGCCUCAAGCCUUAAGCCCGCCCGACGACGAUAUACAAUCGAAUCCUGCCACCUCACAGCAACAACAACAACAACAGCAGCAACAACAACAGCAACAGCAGCAACAACAACAACAACAAACGCAACAACAGGUUCAACAACAACAAACGCAACAGCAGGUACAACAACAACAACAGCAGCAACAACAAGUCCAACAGCAGCAACAACAACAACAACAACAAACACAACAGCAAGAUCAUUCGCCGCAACAGCAACUAACGCCACACGAGGUGGACCGUAGCGAUUGCUUUCCAGGCGCUGGUGAGCUACAACAGUAUCCCCAGCAUUAUUUCAAAGAGGCCAGGCCGCAUCCAUCGCCGUCCGUGCCACCUCAUAUGCUCACGCCCGGUGGUUUCUCAGCGUUGCACUAUCUCAAGCAGCCGGGCGUGAUGCUCACGUCCCUCGGCCAAGGUGACGGCGGGCCGAUUCUGGACGCGCACCAAUACGCCAGCCCUGGGGCACCGAACAUGACGACCGGAUUGCCGGACAUCGUACAGCAGAGCGGCAAGUCCGGCAAAGGGGCGAACAGCGAUCUACGUUUGUUCAAGUGUCUGACAUGCGGGAAAGAUUUCAAACAGAAAUCAACGUUGUCGGUUCAGGCAGCAAUCGCACUAACCCAGCAUCUACGUAUACACGCGAACGAGAAGCCGUACGCGUGCGUGUACUGCGAGCGUACGUUCCGGCAGCGUGCGAUCCUCAACCAGCAUCUGCGCAUCCACUCGGGUGAGAAGCCAUACCAAUGUCCGGAGUGCGGAAAACACUUCCGUCAGAAGGCGAUCCUGAAUCAGCACGUCCGCACACACCAAGACGUGAGCCCGCAUCUGAUCUUCAAGAACGGCAUGACGCCGACACUCUGGCCCCAAGACGUGCCGUUCCCGCCUGAGGAGGGAAAGGAGGAGGUGGCCUCGACGUUCGGGGACACGGACACACAAUCGGGUGCGUUCAGUCCGGCGCCGGACGUGAAUUCCAUCCAAUAUCCGGCGUACUUCAAGGAUCCGAAGGGCGGUAAUCACGCGGUUUUCGGGGCAAGCGGCCCAGGCAGCUUCGGCGCACUCCAAUACAUCAAGCAACAGGGCGGUAUCAAGGGUUGUUUACCGGACGUGAUACAGCACGGUCGUUCCGCGGGUAUGCCGCUCUACGUGCGUUGCCCGAUCUGCCAGAAAGAGUUCAAGCAAAAGUCGACGCUGUUGCAGCACGGUUGUAUACACAUCGAGUCACGACCGUAUCCGUGCCCGGAGUGCGGCAAAAGGUUCAGGCAACAGUCCCAUCUGACCCAACACUUGCGUAUCCACACGAACGAAAAACCGUACGGUUGCGUGUACUGCGGCCGGAACUUUCGUCAGCGUACGAUCCUGAACCAGCACGUACGUAUCCAUACCGGUGAGAAGCCGUACAAGUGCCAGCAGUGCGGCAAAGAUUUCCGUCAAAAAGCGAUACUGGACCAGCACACGCGUACCCAUCAGGGCGAUCGACCGUUCUGUUGUCCGAUGCCGAACUGCAGGCGGCGUUUUGCCACCGAACCAGAAGUGAAGAAGCACAUCGACAACCAUAUGAAUCCGCAUGCGGCGAAGAUGCGCCGGAAUUCGAGCAGCGACACCAAACCGCCCGGUACACCGGCUGGUCUGGGCCCUGUUCCAGUACCGAGGGGUCUCACGCCUACGGUGGUCAAACCGGAGCUGUAUUUCCCGCAGUGUUACGCGCCAGCGUUCAAUCAUCAACCACCCGUGUCCACGGCCCAGUUCCCGGGUCAGGCGAACGGAGGCGGCGGCGUUGUGUCCGUCGCCGGGGAAUUCAAACCGCCGACCGGUGUGUCGGUCGUAAGCGAAUUCAAACCGCCGACCGGUCUGCCGCCGCAGUGACUAACCGUCCAUCCUGCCGCCUACUAGCAAGCAGGAAUACCGCUGAGAUUUCAGCGAUGCUUCGGUCACGCGUUACAGACCGACGUAACCACCGCCGCCG